AUGAAUACUGAAGAACUGGGCUGUAUGCUUCGUAUGCAGGAAGAACACAUGGAAAUUCAAGCGAAGGGCAAGGGUGGAGCGAAUUUAUCUUGGAGUGAAGUUAAUAACAUGCCUUAUACCGCUAAAGUGGGAAUACUAAAACGUGUACUUGAAGAGGUUGAAAAAGUGAUGCAGGAGUUCAAAGGUACACUGUACAAAUCUAUGGAAGACCCUCACAUUGAUUUAGCAAAUCUUGAAAACACAGUAAGGUUGUUGCUAGAGCUGGAACCGGAAUCUGACCCUGUAUGGCAUCAUUUGAAUAUCCAGAAUCAAAGAAUUCGGGGUUUGCUAGAGAAGUGCUCCUUAGACCAUGAAGCAAGGAGGGAGAAUUUGCAAAACGAGCUGCAUGAAAGGGCUGUUUCUGAUGCAAGAUGGAGGCACAUUCAGCAAAAUCCAAAUGAGCCCUCAGAUGACAAUAGUCCCAAUCCUGGCAAUAUCAACAUGUUGGUAGAUGCAGAGUCACUAGACAUGGCAGGCGAAGAAGUUGAUGCUCUCAGAGGAAAAUAUAUCCAUAGGUUGACUUCUGUUAUUGUCUAUCAUGUACCAGCAUUCUGGAAAGUAGCUCUUUCUGUUUUCAGCGGGAAAUUUGCAAAGUCUUCCCAAGUUUCCGCUGAUUCAAACAUAAACAGCACUGGAAAUAAACCCGAGGAAAAGUACUCAAGCCAUUCUCUUGAGGAAGUUGCUGGCAUGAUACGGCAGACCUUAUCAGCCUAUGAAGCAAAGGUACAUAACACCUUCCGGGAGCUUGGAGAGUCGAACAUUCUCCGGCCGUACAUGAGUGAUGCUAUAAAUGAAAUAUCUAAAGCAUGCCGAAGUUUUGAAGUUAAAGAAUCAGCUCCUCCUAGUGCUGUUUCAGCUCUUCGUGCAUUGCAUUCUGAGAUCACGAAGAUUUACAUAAUAAGGCUAUGCUCAUGGAUGCGGUCAAUGACAGAAGAGGCAUCUAAGGAAGAAACUUGGGUUCCGGUGUCUAUACUUGAAAGAAACAAAUCUCCAUACACGAUCUCCUUCUUGCCUUUGGCAUUCCGUGCCAUUGUGAGUUCAGCAAUGGAUCAGAUAAACAUGAUGAUUCAGUCUGUGAAGAGUGAGGCAGCAAAGUCAGAAGAUAUGCUUGUACAGCUCCAAGAAAUUCUAGAAUCUGUUAGACUUGCAUUUCUGAACUGUUUUCUUGAUUUUGCUGGUCAUCUAGAGCGCAUUGGUGUUGAGCUAGCACAGAACAAAUCAGGCAAAGAGAGUCCCUACUUGCAAAAUGGCUACUCAAAUGAACUGGAAGAAAAUAGCUCGACUGAUCUCCCUGGAAGUGCACAUCAGCGGUUAUUAAUUGUCCUCAGUAAUAUUGGAUAUUGCAAGGAUGAGCUUUCUUACGAGUUGAACAACAAAUACAGACAAAUCUGGCUUCAAUCUACCGUAAAGGACGAAGGGGACAGUGAUAUACAAGAUUUGGUAAUUUCUUUCUCCGGGCUUGAAGAGAAAAUUCUUGAGCAGUAUACAUUUGCGAAGGCAAAUUUAAUUAGAGAAGCUGCUGUGAGCUAUUUGUUGGAUUCUGGUGUUCACUGGGGAUCAGCACCUGCAGUCAAAGGUGUGCGGGAUGCAGCUGUGGAGUUAAUGCACACUCUUGUAGCUGUUCAUGCUGAGGUUUAUGCGGGGGCUAAGCCUCUGUUGGAAAAGAUCCUAGGUGUUCUUGUGGAAGGUUUGGUCGAUACUUUUCUUAGUCUCUUUAGUGAGAACAAAGGCAAAGAACUCAGAUCACUUGAUGCAAAUGGUUUCUGCCAGCUCAUGCUCGAGCUUGAAUAUUUUGAGUUCGUGUUGAAUCCAUAUUUUACGGCUGAUGCAAGGGAGUCCCUCAAAUCUUUACAAGGCGUACUGUUGGAGAAAGCCACUGAGAGCGUGUCGGAGGCUGCUGAGAAUCCAGGCCACCACCGGCGCCCAACUCGUGGAAGUGAAGAUGCGCUUGCAGACGAAAGGCAGCAGGGGAUGGGUGUAUCACCAGAUGAUUUAAUCGCCCUUGCACAGCAAUAUAGUUCUGAGUUUCUACAAGCAGAGCUAGAGAGGACUCGGAUUAACACGGCAUGCUUUCUUGAGUCGACUGCAUUGGAUUCGGUGCCAGAACCAGCCAGAGCUGCAUACUCCCUUCAGGGGGUCAGUGAAUUCUCCCAGCAGAAACUACCGAGGCGCAGCUGUGGUUGGAUCGCCAAGUUACUCACGACAGAGGCGUAGAUAAGUUCAUGACAGCUACCCCAAUUUUUUUCUGGGGGGCUGAGACUUCGUUGUAAUUUGUAUCUUUUCCAUGUCUAUAUAUGGUUGGCAGAUACCUUAUUCUUUCAUAAGCAGCCUUUCCCCAUAACCAGAUGCCGACUCUGUUCUGAUCGAUUUGUUUUACUUGUUUCCUGCCAAGUUUCUGUUUUGCUGUUUAUAUCUAACUUGAACUCAUAGCUUGUACAUUUCCGGUUUCCUUUUCCCGGCUGGCCCGUCAUAGCUUGUAAAGAAGUUGAGAUGUUCUCAAUAGUCUUUGGAAUGGUUGUCCUCAUUGUUGGUUUUGUAAUGCGAUGUUGUGCUCGAUUCUCAA